AAUGUAAUAAAAUAAUGGAUAAAAGAGUGGAAUGGACUGGAGAAUGAAAAAAAGUGUGAAAAUCGAUAUGAAUGAGAUAAAAAUUAUCUAUAAAAUAAGAGAUAACAAAAAUGAAUAGAGAAAUGGAGUUAGAAUGAUUUUUGAGUGAAGAAAAGAUUUGUAGAGAAUGAGGGAAUACAAUAUUAUAAUAAGUGGAAUAUAAAAUUAAUAAAUAUAAGAAUAGAAAAUAUAAAGAUACUGCAGAUUAUGAAAUAAGUACAUGAAAAAAUGACAUAUCAUGAUCUGAAAAAGAGUAAUAAAAAAAAAAGAAUGAAAAAGGAGUAG